CUUGGAUUUUAAUCUAAAUUCUAAUUUUUAUUAAAAUUCAUAUCUGAAAUAAAUUAAUUAACCUCUAUAAAUUUUUUUAAGUAUAAAAAAACCCUUAGUUCAAUUAGCAAUUUGAUUUGAAUAAGAAGAUACGCAGUUAAGGUAAGUUACUUCUAAAUAUCGAUCCGCGUUGCUUAACCAAACCGAUAAGAAGAACGGUUUACAACGUUUUAAGAAAAUUUACAAGCUUUGUCGUGCUAUCAAAUAUACAAGAAGCAAAAUCCCGUGGUAUGGAUAAAAAUAACAAAUUUCAAGAUAAAUUAAAAAUACAUUUAUUAAAGCAAAAAUUUGCAAUAAAGAAAUUGCCGCAACGUGUAUUGGAUCUGAAGAGCGGAACACCUAAUUUGAAGCGUGAACAUUUAAAAAAAUUAGUUUCUACUGGUAAUGUAUCUCCUCCUGUACCGCAAAGAAGCCUAAGUCCUAACCCAAUAUGUGACAAACAUUUUAUAGAGAUUACUGAUUCCAAAAAAAGUUAUGACGAUGUUAACAAGUCACUUAUCCUUAAUAAAAUCGACUUUCCUCCCCUGCUUUUUCCAAAACAACUUUUAUAUAACGUUAUGGAGAAUGGCAGCAUAAUAGUUGCAGGUCGACCUGAUCAAACAUACAAUCGGAUAAAAUAUACAAAAAAUUUAUCAUCUGGAAAAGAAUUCGAAUGUUCAUUUGAGGAUAAAAGAGAGGUCUGUAAAAUAGAAAUUAGUUUUAUGGAAAAAAAAGUAAAUACGAAAUCGUCUGAUGAUGUGGAUCAGCAAGAAAACGUAUCAUUUAGUUCUGGGGAAGAUCAAACAAGUAUCCAAUCAACUGUAAGCAUGAAUCAACAAACAAAUGCUAAUCUAACUAGCUAUGUGACUCAGCAGAUAAACAUAGAAACAACUGAUUGCAAAAGUCAACAAAUAAAUGCGGAAACAAAUGAUUCUGUAGAUCAGGAAGUAUAUAUGCAACCAAACACAUAUUGUUUGUUUCAAAACGAUUUGACUAUUAACAAGAAAUUUUUUGAAAGUGUAGUUUCUUCUCCUAGUAGUUUCAAUAUUUUAUCCAAGGUUGAUGAAAAGAAAAAUAGCUUUGAUAAUGAUAUUAAAAAACCAUCUUUAACGAAAUACAUGCAAAUACAUCCUGGUUUUUUUAAAAAAAGUUUAGAUGGAAAAAACUUACUACCAAAAGCAUUAAUUGGACCGGCUACCUAUCAUUUUCCUCCAGCAUGCAAAAAGUUUAUUUAAAUAUUAGAAUAAAUGUGGUAUAUAUAAUUAUUAUAUACGUCAGCUGGUAUACCUAGGUACUUCGAUAUUUUUUCAAAUAUAAUAACUUUUGUGUUUGCCAAA